CGACCUUCGCAACGGACGGACGAUCGAUCGAUUUGCGAUCCCUUAAUACGGCUUUCCAAGCGGCCGUGCAACACGGCGACGUACGGUCGAAUCGAUUGCCUUGGGAUUGUAUGACAUUGCGCAGAAAUCAGAUCAUUUGUCGAGAUAUCGCGGUCGCGACACUCGAGUCGGAGAACGAAGCUGAGAACGUUCGUGUUCCCUCGUAUCGGGCGGUGGAAGAUUUGAUUUGAGUUUAUAAAACAAACUGCACGCGAUUUUUAAUUGUCAUUGACGCUAACGAGGCAGCGCGAUAAAUGGACGAGAUUCCAGAGAUAAGCCGCGAAUGUGAUGAAUGAAACUGAGAACGAUUGAUAUCCCGACCGGCGAGUCAAGGAUUCGGCGGUGUCAGAAACGGUAUUCAGGUCUGAAUUCCAUGAAGAUGGCUCACGUUCUAAACACCUUGGUCCAUCUGGUCAAUCUAGUGGCUUACAGCUUCACACUGUAUUACGCCUUCAAUGUAUUGCACAUUCCUUUCCUCGAAAAUAAGUUCAAGAAAUUCGAUCCUGGCCAAUUUAAAUACUUAACGAUGUGGGAUGUGAUUCUGCAAACGAUAUUCUUCUUGAUAUGUCUUCUGAACGAUCUAUUCGGCACGAACGCAUUAAAUCCCAAGAAGCCACCCUUCACGCGAAAGUUGAAGGAUUACUUACAUGCGAGUCUCGGGUUUCCCAUCGCUAUGUUCGUCGGCGUGACCUUCUGGGCGUUGAUGUUCGUGGAUCGUGAGCUGGUGUUGCCAAAAGCGCUGGACCCGUACUUCCCAUGGUGGCUGAAUCAUUUAAUGCACACGAUGAUCAUGGUGACCACCGUGUUAGAAAUGAUCGUCGCGCCGCGGCAAUACCCCAAGCGAUCCCACAGUCUCGGAAUACUCGCGAGCUUCAUGCUCACGUACUUAGUCUGGAUACACGUAAUCUACUAUAAAAGCGGCAUCUGGGUGUACCCCGUGAUGGACGUGUUGACGCAGCCGCUACGGAUCGUCUUCUUCGCCGUGCUGCUGACGUUCUGCACGAUCCUAUACUUCGUCGGGGAGACGCUGAACAACAUCAUCUGGGGUAACGAAUACACAAAGCAUAAAAAAUCUCACGCCAAAUCCAAGUAGCCUCGCCCAAGCGUUCCUAACGGGUGAUAUAAAAAUAAAAAAAACCGCAAUCUGCCUGCCGCCUGCGGUGUUGGUGAAUAAACACACACACACACAACAAACAAACAAAAAUGGAUCUUUUCUACACCCUCCGUUGCAGCAUGCACGAUGUACCGGAUGUAAAUGUCAUUUAGAAUUAUUAGUGCUGUGUAUGUGCAUGCGAGGCCGCAGUUUAGGGUAUAACAGAGUGUUGAGGCUCGCGCGCGAUCGUUAACCCGGCGCGGUGGAGAUAACACGGAGUGAGCAUAAAGGAGCAGCAUGUAAGGUGCAACGCAUUUCUACGCAAUCACUACGGACCAAGGGGAGACUAAUCCGUGGGUAUAUUAGCGUAUUUAUUUCUCUCACUUUUUUUUAAUCCUCCUGCGCGCGCCGCGCCGAAUAAAAAAGAAACGAUGCGUACCUCAUACAUUAAUUCCUCCCCUUUUUCCUCCUCCCUCUCCCUCGCCCACGAUAAUACUUAUUUUUGUACUUUCGUAGCCGAACGACCUAUUAUAUUAUUAUUUUUACCAAUAAAGGCUACAUUAUAAUACGGUGCACGUAGAAUACGUGUGUAAUAUAAUGCAUAUAUAAUGUGUAUGUACGAUGUAGCGUACGUGACAAUUUGCCCCCGAAACUAAAGUCCAGAUAUAUUUGUGUGAUCGAGUGUAGGAAAAAAAUACGUAGCGGUAACGGAGAGCGUGGAGCCGGAUUUGAAAACGUAGAAAAAACGGCGGACGGAACGAGAGAGGGAAUCUUAAAUGUACCGAUCGUAAUGUACCGAUCAUCCCGGGAUAACGUUGGCGCCGAAGACAUUUUCUUGCUACAAGUGAGAAGUGCCUUGGCGAAAACCUCUAGUGCGUUUACGGAAAAGAAGAUUUUUAACUCCGACGUUGGGAGGCGAAAGUAUAUGAUUAUACCCAUGUAUAUGAUUAUAUUACAGUUUAAUUCAGCGAGUAAUUUAUAAUAAUACGUAAUGGCCUAAGAAUUGAUAUUGAUUGUCGCAACAUAUAUUUUCCUAGAAGUUUUAUUAAAUAUGUUCAAUGGAUAGACACUUUUGACAUCUGUCUCCUGCCAGAGAUGUAGUUUAAAUUGGAACGUGUAUAUGUAUGUCAUCGCAUAAGAAAUAUGCAUUGUUUACAGAAGUAUGUCUCACUAAUGGUUCGAUAUGCUAUAAUAAAAAUGUAAAUGACGAUAA